AUUAGAGGUAACAGCACUUGAUUUUUGUGUGACUGGUGCGGUGAACCGACGUGACUGACCUGCAAUAAAAAGUGUAGUGUCACAAGCCGAUUUUCGUGUGUAUACAGUUUAAUUGAAACAAUGUGCAGGAUCGAUUAAAACGGAUGCCUCUCAUUUCAUUCUAGGACUUUAUAUGUCAAACCUAGCCCAAGAUGGUUAUCGUGACACGGGGUGACUACAUCUGGAUCGAACCCGUGACCAAUGGCGAGUUCGACGUGGCGAUCGGCGCGCAGGUGCUGCAAGCCGAGGGGCGCAGGGUGUACGUGCGCGAUGACGACGGCAGGGAGCAGUGGCUCUCGCCGGAACGGCGCAUCAAGGCGAUGCACGCCACCUCCGCCCACGGCGUCGAGGACAUGAUAGGGCUGGGCGAUCUGCACGAGGCCGGCAUACUGAGGAACCUGCUCAUUCGGUACAACGAAAAUGUCAUUUAUACGUACACUGGAUCGAUUUUGGUUGCCGUCAAUCCCUACCAGAUUUUACCAAUAUACACUGCCGAGCAAAUCAAGCUUUACAAAGAGAGGAAAAUAGGAGAAUUACCACCUCAUAUUUUUGCAAUUGGUGAUAAUUCAUAUGGUAAUAUGAGAAGAUAUGGUCAAGAUCAGUGUAUAGUAAUAUCUGGGGAAUCGGGAGCUGGCAAAACAGAAAGUACAAAAUUAAUUUUACAAUAUUUAGCGGCUAUUAGCGGGAAGCACUCUUGGAUCGAACAGCAAAUUCUGGAAGCCAACCCUAUAUUAGAAGCUUUUGGUAACGCAAAAACUGUAAGAAACGAUAACAGCUCGAGGUUCGGCAAGUACAUAGACAUACAUUUUAAUGCAAACGGGGUCAUAGAAGGUGCUAAAAUCGAACAAUAUCUACUGGAGAAGAGUAGGAUUGUGUCGCAGAAUCCGGAGGAGAGGAACUAUCACAUAUUCUAUUGUUUAUUAGCAGGUUUAGGAAAGGAUGAAAAGAGGAAAUUGGAACUCGGCGAUGCUAGUCAAUUUAGAUAUUUAACUGGGGGUGGGAGUAUUACUUGCGAAGGUAGGGAUGACAAUGCCGAAUUCGCAGAUAUUAGAAGUGCAAUGAAAGUAUUAUUAUUUUCCGAUCAAGAGAUCUGGGAAAUAAUAAAACUACUAGCGGCUUUACUACAUAUAGGCAAUAUAAAAUAUAAAGCUACUAUCGUUGAUAAUUUGGACGCCACAGAGAUUCCUGAUCCAACGAAUGUUCAAAGGGUCGCAAAUUUAUUAGGUGUUCCUGUUCAGCCACUAAUCAACGCUUUAACAAGGAAAACCUUAUUUGCCCAUGGCGAAACCGUCGUAUCUACGCUAUCCCGAGACCAAAGCGUAGACGUCAGAGACGCGUUCGUCAAAGGCAUCUACGGCAGACUUUUCGUAUUCAUCGUAAAGAAAAUUAACUCCGCAAUAUACCGACCCAAAGAACGACAAAGGAGCUCCAUAGGCGUACUAGAUAUAUUCGGUUUUGAGAACUUCAACCAUAACAGUUUCGAGCAAUUCUGCAUCAACUACGCCAACGAAAACCUUCAACAGUUCUUCGUCAGGCAUAUUUUCAAAUUAGAACAGGAAGAAUACAAUUUGGAAGGAAUCAACUGGCAGCAUAUUGAAUUCGUUGAUAAUCAGGAUGCUUUAGAUCUAAUAGCUAUCAAACAGCUAAACAUCAUGGCUUUGAUUGAUGAAGAAAGCAAGUUUCCUAAAGGUACGGAUCACACUAUGUUGGCGAAACUCCACAAACAACACGGGGCUCAUAGAAAUUAUUUGAAACCGAAAAGUGACAUUAAUACGAGCUUUGGUUUAAAUCACUUUGCCGGAAUCGUGUUUUACGAUACAAGAAGUUUUCUGGAAAAGAAUCGCGAUACGUUCAGCGCCGAUCUUCUUCAACUCGUCACCAUCAGCAAUAACAAUUUCCUUCAGCACCUUUUCCACGACGAUAUUGGAAUGGGUUCGGAAACAAGAAAAAGAGCACCGACAUUAUCGACACAGUUUAAAAGAUCUUUGGAUUCCUUGAUGAGGACUUUAUCAAACUGCCAGCCGUUUUUUAUCAGGUGUAUCAAACCAAACGAAUUGAAGAGACCGAUGGUUUUUGACAGGACUCUCUGUUGUCGACAGUUGAGGUAUUCUGGCAUGAUGGAAACUAUUAGGAUACGACGAGCUGGAUAUCCUAUUAGGCAUACUUUUGGAGAGUUCGUUGAAAGAUAUAGGUUCCUUAUAUCGGGAGUUCCUCCAGCACACAAGGCUGAUUGUAGAAUAGCUACUUCUCGAAUAUGUCAAAUAGUUUUAGGAAGAUCUGAUUAUCAGUUAGGAAACACCAAAGUUUUUCUCAAAGACGCUCACGAUCUGUUUCUCGAACAAGAACGAGACAGAGUACUAACAAAGAAAAUUCUCAUCAUACAAAGAAACAUUAAAGGAUGGGUUUAUAGAAGACGAUUCUUGAGAUUAAGGGCUGCUACCGUAAUAAUACAAAAAUACUGGAAGGGCUACGUUCAGAGACAGAGAUAUAAGAGGAUGAGAGUUGGUUAUAUGAGAUUGCAGGCUCUCAUCAGAGCUAGAGUGUUGUCUCAUAGGUUCAGGCAUCUUCGGGGUCACAUUGUUGGUCUGCAGGCUCAUGCAAGAGGGUAUCUAGUUCGUAGAGAAUAUGGUCAUAAGAUGUGGGCUAUUAUUAAGAUACAGUCAAACGUGCGACGAAUGAUAGCUCAAAGGAAGUACAAGAAACUGAAAUUUGAGCAUAAGAAGCAUGUGGAAGCGUUGAAAUUGAAGCAAAAGGAAGAAAGGCAACUUAAGGAUGCUGGAAAUAAAAGGGCGAAGGAAAUUGCUGAACAGAAUUACAGAGAACGAAUAUACGAACUGGAAAGAAAAGAAAUGGAACUGGAACUAGAAGAACGAAAACGAGUGGAGAUAAAGAAGAACCUGAUCAACGACGCUGCGAGAAAAGCCGACGAACCCGUUGACGAUUCCAAAUUGGUAGAAGCCAUGUUCGACUUCCUGCCCGACAGUUCCAGCGAGGCUCCCGGUCCAGGCAGGGAAACGUCAGUCUUUAACGAUUUACCGACCCAAACGAAUGAAAAUGAAAUCAUUAGUCCUAUACAGACCGUUUCUGAUGAUGAAGAGGAUCUGAGCGAAUUCAAGUUUCAGAAAUUCGCGGCUACUUAUUUCCAGGGCAAUAUGGGACAUCAAUAUUCUCGAAAGCCGCUUAAACAUCCAUUGUUGCCACUUCAUACGCAAGGAGAUCAGUUGGCUGCUCAAGCACUUUGGGUGACCAUACUCCGGUUUACCGGAGACCUACCAGAACCUCGCUAUCAUACCAUGGACAGAGACACUACUUCUGUCAUGUCUAAAGUGACGGCAACGUUGGGUAGAAAUUUCAUAAAAAGCAAAGAAUUCCAGGAAGCUCAAUUGAUGGGUCUUGACACGGACUCGUUUUUGAAACAGAAACCUAGGUCAAUCAGAAAUAAACUGGUGUCAUUAACAUUGAAAAGAAAAAAUAAACUUGGCGAAGAUGUGAGAAGGAAACUGCAAGAUGAAGAAUAUACGGCUGAUAGUUACCAGUCUUGGUUGGAGUCCAGGCCGACCAGUAAUCUGGAAAAGCUUCAUUUUAUUAUCGGACACGGUAUACUAAGAGCGGAAUUGAGAGACGAGAUUUAUUGUCAGAUUUGCAAACAGCUUUCGAACAAUCCAUCGAAAUCUUCGCAUGCAAGAGGGUGGAUCUUACUAUCCCUCUGCGUCGGAUGCUUCGCCCCGUCCGAAAAAUUUGUCAACUACCUACGCGCCUUCAUCAGAGAAGGUCCUCCCGGCUACGCGCCUUACUGCGAAGAACGCCUGAAACGAACCUUCAACAACGGCACCAGAAACCAACCGCCCAGCUGGCUGGAGCUCCAAGCGACCAAGUCGAAGAAACCCAUCAUGCUGCCCAUAACCUUCAUGGACGGGAACACCAAGACAUUACUUGCCGACUCAGCUACAACGGCCAGAGAGUUAUGCAACCAGUUGUCUGAUAAAAUCGGUUUGAAGGACCAGUUCGGGUUCUCCCUGUAUAUAGCGCUGUUCGAUAAGGUGUCGUCGUUGGGUAGUGGAGGGGAUCACGUGAUGGACGCUAUUUCGCAGUGCGAGCAGUACGCUAAAGAGCAAGGUGCGCAGGAGAGGAAUGCGCCGUGGAGGUUGUUCUUUAGGAAGGAGAUUUUUGCUCCGUGGCACGAGCCUACCGAGGACCAAGUGGCGACGAAUUUGAUCUAUCAGCAGGUGGUGCGAGGAGUUAAAUUUGGAGAAUAUAGGUGUGACAAGGAAGAAGACCUAGCUAUGAUAGCCGCCCAACAAUACUACAUAGAAUACAACACCGACAUGAACGUAGAAAGACUCCUCACCCUACUCCCCAACUACAUCCCCGACUACUGCCUGACGGGAGUAGAUAAAGCCGUCGACCGCUGGGCCGCCUUGGUCGUCCAGGCCUACAAGAAGAGCUACUACAUCAAAGACAAAGUCAAUACCCUCAGAGUGAAAGAAGACGUGGUCAGUUACGCGAAAUUCAAGUGGCCUCUGCUCUUCUCCCGGUUCUACGAGGCGUACAGGAACUCAGGGCCGAACCUGCCCAAGAACGACGUUAUUAUAGCGGUGAAUUGGACAGGGGUGUACGUGGUGGACGAUCAAGAGCAGGUGCUUUUGGAGCUGUCGUUCCCAGAGAUAACCACUGUGUCGAGUCAGAAGACGAACAAGGUGUUUACGCAGACGUUCAGUUUGAGUACGGUGAGGGGGGAGGAGUUUACGUUCCAGAGUCCUAACGCCGAGGAUAUUCGAGAUUUAGUCGUGUAUUUCUUAGAGGGAUUAAAGAAAAGGUCGAAAUAUGUUAUCGCCUUGCAAGAUUACAAAGCCCCCGGUGAAGGUUCCAGUUUCCUUACAUUCCAAAAAGGCGAUCUAAUUAUUUUGGAAGAAGAUAGUACUGGCGAAACCGUGCUAAAUUCAGGAUGGUGUGUUGGAAGAUGUGAAAGGACACAAGAAAAAGGAGAUUUUCCUGCCGAAACUGUGUAUGUUUUACCGUGCAUGAGUAAACCACCAGCAGAUAUUCUGCAAUUAUUCUCAGUAGAAGGAGUAAACGAGCACAACCGUCGUCUAAGUCACCAUUCCCUCAACGGCACGGAGAACAGAGAUAGGCCUCAUACGCUGGCGGAAUACGCCAUAGAUCAUUUCCGACCGCCUUUGAAGAGGACGGUAUCAAAAGCGUUGACGUUAAGUGGGGGAAGAAGAGGAGGCAUAGACGAACUCUGGAGACAUUCUAGGGAACCGAUCAAGCAACCUCUGUUGAAGAAAUUGCUCAUGAAAGAAGAAUUAGCAGAAGAGGCUAGUUUUGCAUUCAGUGCAAUACUAAAAUACAUGGGAGACUUACCGUCAAAACGACCAAGGCUCGGAAACGAAUAUACGGAUCAUAUUUUCGAUGGUCCAUUGAAACACGAGAUACUGAGAGACGAAAUCUACUGUCAAAUCAUGAAACAACUGACAGACAACAGAAAUCGGAUGUCUGAAGAACGAGGAUGGGAACUAAUGUGGCUGGCUACAGGUCUUUUCACUUGUUCUCAAAACCUCCUAAAAGAACUCACCGCCUUCCUGAGAACCAGAAGACAUCCGAUAUCGCAAGACUCCCUCCAGAGGCUGCAGAAAACUCUGAGAAACGGCCAACGGAAGUACCCGCCCCACCAAGUGGAAGUCGAAGCCAUUCAGCACAAAACGACGCAGAUUUUCCAUAAGGUGUACUUCCCAGACGACACAGACGAGGCGUUCGAAGUCGAUUCGAGUACCAGAGCCAAAGAUUUUUGCCAGAACAUCAGCCAGAGGUUGAGUUUGAGGUCCAGCGAAGGGUUUAGUUUGUUCGUUAAAAUUGCUGAUAAGGUAAUAUCAGUGCCCGAAGGUGAUUUCUUCUUCGACUUUGUCCGCCAUCUGACCGACUGGAUUCGGAAAGCCCGCCCUACGAGGGACGGCAUAACGCCCCAAUUUUCCUAUCAGGUUUUCUUCAUGAAGAAGCUCUGGACCAACACGGUGCCGGGCAAGGAUAGGUUCGCCGACCUCAUAUUCCACUUCCAUCAAGAACUGCCUAAACUUAUCAGGGGCUACCACAAAUGUAGCAAAGAGGAGGCUAUCAAAUUGGCCGCUUUGAUUUACAGGGUUCGAUGCGGCGAUAGCAAACAAGAGUUGCAAGCUAUACCGCAAAUGUUAAGGGAACUCAUUCCAGCUGACCUAAUCAAAAUCCAAUCGGCAAAUGACUGGAAACGAUCGAUAGUAGCGGCCUACAACCAGGACGCGGGUAUGUCCCCGGACGACGCCAAAAUCGGCUUCCUCAAGGUGGUGUACAGGUGGCCCACCUUCGGUUCCGCCUUCUUCGAAGUGAAACAGACCACCGACUCCAACUACCCGGAAAUGUUGCUCAUAGCUAUCAAUAAGCAUGGCGUGAGUUUGAUUCAUCCCCAAACAAAAGAAAUACUAGUGACGCAUCCAUUCACAAGAAUAUCCAACUGGUCUUCAGGCAAUACCUACUUCCACAUGACCAUUGGUAACUUGGUUAGAGGAUCAAAACUUCUUUGUGAGACGUCACUGGGUUACAAGAUGGACGAUCUAUUAACCUCUUACAUAUCCUUAAUGCUCACAAAUAUGAACAAACAAAGGAGCAUACGAAUCAAAUAAUUCCCAAUGAAAAAACAGUAUGUACCUCAAUGUAAACUACAUUCCAUUUGGUAAAAAAGUCUAAUGAUGACAUUGACAGUAAGAAUGUAUUUUUCUGUUAUAUAUUGAUUAUACAUUAUACUAGAUUUUAUUGUUGACGAUUUGAUUGAAACAUUUUGAUGUACUGAUGAUAAUCCUUUUUUGAUUUAUUCAUACAAUCAAAAAGGAUAUUUCAACGAUAGAUCUAAAAUCGAAUAAUACUCUUAUAAAUCUAUUACUUCCCAGUGUUUUGACUUUAUCAGUAAUUUGUUGAGUAUAGUAUAUACAGUCAAAAAAUAAUUUAUUUUUAUUGGAAUCUCUGAACGAAGCUUUGUCUUAAUUUAUCUAGUGAAACAGAGAUCUUAUACAUUAUUUAUAAAAUAUACAAGGGUUAUAAACGAAUAAAGAAAUUAGUGGACAAUAAAAUUUAUGAAGUAAAAGAUAUUUACUGAAUAACGAUAUUCUAAUUUAUACUAUAUUUUGAGACAUAUGAAUUUUAAACUUAUACUUUCAUAAAUAUUUUACUACAUGGUGAAUAUAAGUGGCUUUUUAUUGUAUAUCUAUAAAAAAUAUUUAUAUUUAUGUAAAUAUUUUAACAUCACUAAGAAUGCUGUAAUAUAAAUAUUUCAAUAAAGAAAUAAUUA